AUGGCAAUGUCUCUUCCACAAGGACAAUGUCCCAUACAAUGUCAGUUAUGUGAAGGAGAUCCUAAAGUAAAUUGGAAGUGUUUAGAUUGUGGAUUAUUUAUGUGUAGAACAUGCAAAGAUAAAGUACAUUCUAAAUUCAAGUCUGAAAAGAAACAUAUAAUUGUUGACAUAAAGGAAGUUGGCCGACGAGACAUUAAAGAAAACAAACAAGGCAGUGUGGUUAGACAACAAGACAAAGUAGUGUCCAUUUUUGGUCAGCGCAAUGAUGAAGUAAGCAAUUCUUCAACUAAUGUGAAACUAAUGAACAUAAAAGAAUAUCAGACCAACACGAUUUUCAUGAAUACGUUGGCAGUUUCCUUGAACGAUUCAUUAUGGGUUGGUGAUGGGUAUAAGAAAGGUUUCGAUCCCUUAACAUUACCUACAGCAUUGCAGAAUUUUAAACUUAAAGGAGAUAAAGUGAAGGUCAAGUCCAGUUUUAACAUCGACGUAUCAGAUAUAGCUGUUUCACCUAACAAUGACCUCCUUCUCGCCAUACAAGAACCAAGACUGAAGCAGAUAAAAGCUGGAUCCAGAAAAAUAACAGACUCAGUCUUCUGUGCAGAAUCGUCCAAUCUCUUUAGUGUACAUGUAACCAAAGAUGGCACAGUGAUAGCGGGUGGAACGAAAAUUGUUAUUGUAAUGGAUACAGAAGGUAACCAUCUCACAAGGUAUGAAAAUGAUAAGAACAAUACACCUUUAUUUGAAGGAACUAUUUGGUCUAUAACCAGUACUCUUUAUGGCAAUAUUUUUGUCAUAGAGUUUAUCGAUAAUCCAAGAGUGGUUGUAUUAGGCAAGUCAGAUCUCAUCAGUAUCUACACAGGACAUCCUUCUAUUAACAUCACUGACAGGUUUCAUCCUAUGUCAAUUGUAACCACGCCAUUGGACAAUGUUAUUAUGGCGGACUGUGACAAUCAUACACUGCACAUACUGGACAAUACUGGCCAUCUACUGACCAUCUACGAUACCAUGGACAUUCAUAUUAGAUAUCCAAGAUCUCUAGCCAUUAAUUCUACAGAAGGACCAGUAGCAGAAUUAUAUCUUGGAUGUCUUCAUGGCAGAAAGUUAUACAAGAUGAGCAUAAUAGGAUAUUAA